CAAAAGGUUUGUGAGUAUUUAUUAAUAUUGCAAUUUGAUUGUUCCAACAUUGAAAACAAAAAUGACGUUUUGACAGUCACAAUAUUUCACCAAGUAGGGACUCGAAUAAAAUCGAAGAAACAACACGCACGAGAGACAACUGUGAGGAUUUAACAUCUUUUUCAUCACUCAAAGAAUUAACAUCUUGAGAAAAUCAUGGCUGCAGAAAACCAAACAGAGGAAAAUCCCAACAAUUCCAACAAGGAGCAACAACAACAACAACAACCGGAGAAGACACAAAAACAAGUUAUCGCCACUAAGGUAACCGGCAUCGUUAAAUGGUUCAACGUAAAGAGUGGAUACGGUUUUAUAAAUCGCAAUGAUACACUGGAAGAUGUAUUCGUACAUCAGUCAGCGAUUGCCCGCAAUAAUCCCAAGAAAGCUGUGCGUUCUGUGGGCGAUGGCGAAAAUGUCGAGUUCGAUGUCGUAAUUGGCGAAAAGGGAAAUGAAGCAGCCAAUGUAACAGGGCCUAAUGGAGAAGCUGUCAAGGGAAGUCCAUAUGCAGCAGAUAAACGCAGAAACUAUCGCUAUUAUUGGCAAGGCAGACGUCGUCAAAGCAAUGGACCACGCGGAAAAGGCUCUAAAGAUCAAGCGGGAGGCGAUGGUCAACAACAAUCAAAUGGUGCUGACUCCGAUGAAAAUCAACAACCAGAACGCGGCGAACGCAAACCAAGACAAUCACAGCGUCCCUUCAGACGAGGCGGAAGAGCUCCACGCGGCGUUGGAAGAUAUCAAGGCGGUUCAGAAAGAGGUUAUUAUCGCAAUCAACCACGACGUGAUAGAGAUCAAUCAAAUGGUGAGCAAAUGAAUGGAGACGGAAAUGGAGAUGGAGGUGAACGAGGAGGAGCUCCAAGACGUUUCUUCCGUCGUAACUUCCGUGGAGGUCCACAAAGAGGAGGCCCUCGUCGAGGACCCCCAAGACACGAUUACAACGAUGGACAAAAUGGAGAUAUGGUCGAUGAUCAACAACGCAAUGAUAACUAUCGUCCUCGUCCUCGAUUCCCUCGAGGCGGAAAUCGUGGAUCUGGCGGAGCACGUGGAGGCGCGCCAAGAUCUUCACACCGUGGAAAAGGCCCAAAAGAUAACCAACAAGUUCAGAAUACAGUUACAGAAAGUACCGCAUAAUUUGAUCGAAUACGUUUUCCCUUCAAAAAUUUACGAUUAAAUUAUAACAACAACAACAACAAAAGCAAAAAAUUGAAAAAAAAACUAAUAACAACAAGAUUUAAUAACAAUCUACUACUAAACAAUAAUAAUCGAUCAUACCUACAUAGUAAAACUUCAUAAGAACUAUUACAAACAUAUAAAUAUUAUAAUAACAA